AUGCCUCUCGAUUUCAGCAGAAAGCAUAAACGAGGCGAAUACCGUGACGGUAAGGCGCAAGGUACCGGACGAGUAAACACGUUUGGUCAGGUCGCUAUUCAAUUCCACAAGAACACGACCGACGUCAGGUACUGGUUCGAUACAGUCCAGAAGGACGCCGCCGUAUGUCGACCGGCGCGAUGUGCGAAACCGCGAAGGGGAAGCACAGCGCUUGUGGAUGAAUUCAUCAGCGACAAGACGAGCAACAUUGGCGCGCCACAAUUGAACAUUGCGAUACAUAUUUGCGGCUCGCGAGGUGAUGUGCAGCCCUUCAUUCCGAUUGCAAAGCUGCUUCAGGCCCCUCCACAUUGCCAUCGAGUGCGCAUUUGUACACAUCCAGCCUUCAAGGACUUUGUGGAAAGCAAUGGCGUGGAGUUCUUCUCCAUCGGUGGCGAUCCGGAAGCCCUAAUGGCGUACAUGGUGAAGAACCCAGGCCUUCUGCCCAAUAUGCAGUCGAUCAAAGCUGGAGAUAUUGGCAAGCGACGAAAAGAGAUGGCCGAGAUGAUGGAUGGGACCUGGAGAAGCUGUGUUGAGGCCGGCGAUGGCAUGGGCGAGAAGGUUCCAGCGUUGAAUGUAGACGCGCCCGAAGACCUCUUCAUUGCGGACGCUAUUAUUGCGAACCCUCCUUCGAUGGGGCACAUCCAUUGCGCAGAGAAGCUUGGCAUUCCACUGCACAUGGUCUUCACGAUGCCAUGGUCACCAACAAAAGCCUUUCAUCAUCCUCUAGCGGCCAUGGAAUACGGUGAGGUCGAGAUGUCUGUCGCCAACUACUUCAGCUUCAGCAUCAUGGAGCUGCUAACUUGGCAAGGCCUCGGGGACGUCAUCAACAAGUUCAGAACGCAGACCUUGCAUCUAGACGCGAUUAGUCCUUUGUGGGGCCAUCACUUGCUUACAAGGCUUCGUGUUCCCUACAGCUAUCUGUGGUCUCAAGCUUUGAUACCGCGGCCACCGGACUGGGGUUCACACAUCAACAUCACCGGUUUCUCGUUCCUUGAAGCUGGUUCAGGCUACACGCCACCCGAGGACCUGGUCGAAUACCUCGGUAAAGGUCCGCCUCCAGUGUAUAUCGGCUUUGGUAGCAUAGUGGUGGAUGACCCGGUGGCUCUCACUAAGCUCAUCUUUGACGCCGUGAAGCUAGCGAAAGUUAGGGCAAUUGUGUCCAAGGGAUGGGGCGGUGUGGGCGUAGGAGACGUGCCUGAUGACGUCUACCUCAUUGGUAACUGUCCUCAUGACUGGCUCUUCCAACGAGUAUUGUGUGUCGUGCAUCAUGGAGGUGCUGGCACAACGGCUGCUGGGAUUGCCUUGGGAAGGCCCACCGUGGUUGUGCCCUUCUUCGGCGAUCAACCCUUCUGGGGACAGAUGAUCGCCAAAGCUGGCGCCGGCCCGAUGCCUAUUCCGUUCAAGCAGAUGACUGCGGAGAGCCUUGCCAAAAGCAUAACGUUUGCGCUCCAGGAAUCUGUCAAAGUCGCUGUACAGAAGAUGGCUGAGAGUAUUGCGGAAGAAGACGGUGCUGGAGAUACGAUGCGAGACUUUGAGCAGAGACUGGAUAUCGAUGGAAUGCGAUGUCAUAUCUGUCCGGAGCGACUGGCGAUAUGGCGUGACAAACAGACUGGGGCGCAUUUGAGUGGCUUUGCAGCGUCUGCGCUCGCUGAACAGAGACUGUUGGACUUGAGGCAUCUACGGCUACUGCAACACCGGCAUUACUAUACCCACGAAGGAGCCGAAGGGCCACUCACAGGUGUUGUGGCUGCUUUCGGAGGACUCAUAGCUUCCCUUGGCACAGAUACGGCCGAGUUCUCGCAGCGUUUGAAGAAGAGACCACGCGAUACGGACAACGAAUUCUCGCGAGGAACGCUGAAGAGCGAUGAGCCAGAUGAGGUCAGUGUGGAGAAGGGCAUCACCUCAAAACACUUCCAUCACCUGGCGUACAGGAUGGCGGCGAAGUCUUGCGAUGAAGACUACACUCACAACUUUGAGAAGCCGCAAAGUCACCCCGGGAUAACAGCACUGCGUGAAAAAGUCGCCGCAAGGAAAGCCAAGGGUGGCCGUGGGUACCAGAUCACUAGCGCGACCGCCCAUUACGUUGGUGAUCUUGCAGCUACGGGGGCCAAAGCUCCGGUCGCUCUCUUUUACAAUGUCGCGAAUGGCUUUCGGAACUUGCCCUCAUACGCCAUACAUAAUGACCCGGCCAGGCGGAGAGAUGAGAUCACCGGUUUUGGCAGUGGGUGUAAGCUCGCAGGAAAGGAGCUUGUGCUCGGCUUCGGUGAUGCACUGCUAGGCAUCGUGAGGCAUCCAUACCUUGGUGCGAAACAAGAAGGUGCGCUCGGUUUUGGCAAGGGGAUUGGGAGAGGUCUCGGUGGGUUGUAUUGCCAUUCGAUGGCUGCUAUCUUUGGUCUGCCAGGCUACUUCUUGAAAGGUGUCGAGAAGGGGCUCUUGGCUCGGCACCUCACUACUCUUCAAGCUGAGAUUUUCUUCAUACAGCUACGCCGAUCGGCUGUCAGCUAUCGGGGUGCAACCGACGCUGAGAAGGCAGAAGUUGUUGCGAAGUGGGCGGAGUUAAGGUUUAGCAUGUCAAAGUACUAG